UCAUUCUUAGUUCACACAUUUGUCGAUCAGCAUCAGUCACAACAUCCUCGUUUGCUGUUCAAAUCAAAUUUGUGUGAAAUAUUUCUUUGAGUUACUGCUUUUGGUUUGUAUUAUUUGCAAAAUUUCAAAAUGUGUUCACGCGAUGCGGCCACCAAUCAAUUGAUCGACUAUAAGAAUAACGAUUCCGAGGUGCAAAAGGAGAUCACCACGUCCUUUGGCACUCCGGUGGGCGUUAAGGAUGCCAUACAAACGGUGGGACCAAGAGGCCCGGCUUUACUUCAAGACUUUCAGUUCCUUGACGAAAUACAGCUCUUCGAUUCGGAACGGAUUCCCGAAAGGGUUGCCUACGCCAAGGGAGCUGGGGCCUUUGGCUAUUUCGAGUGCACCCAUGACAUUUCCAAAUUCUGUGCAGCCUCAAUUUUCGACAGGGUCAAGAAACGUACUGCCAUUGCCAUGAGAUUUUCGGUGGCCUGUGGGGAGGAGGGCUCAGCGGACACAGUUCGAGAAAAUCGCGGAUUUUCUGUAAAGUUCUAUACCGAUGAUGGUAUCUGGGACAUUGUGGGUUGCAAUAUGCCCGUGUAUUAUGUUCGUGAUCCCUCGUUGUUCCCCAGCCUGAUCCAUGCCCAGAAGCGUAACCCGCAAACCCAUCUCCGGGAUGCUGAUAUGUUCUGGGAUUUCAUGACCCUGCGUCCAGAGACAUUGCAUGCUCUGCUUAUGUACUUCAGCGACAGGGGAACCCCCGAUGGUUACCGCCACAUGCACGGCUUCGGAGUGCACACCUAUCGUAUGAUCAACGCAAGUCGGGAGACCCAGUAUGUCAAAUUCCACUUCAAGACGGAUCAGGGCAUCAAGAACCUAGAUGCUCGACGAUGUGAAGAGUUGAUGUCCCACGAUCCAGACUAUGCCAUCAGGGAUCUAUAUAACUCGAUCAAGAAAGGCAACUAUCCCAGCUGGUCCAUGUACAUUCAGGUAAUGCUCAACGAGGAGGCCAAAAAGUGCCGUUUCAACCCGUUCGAUGCGACUAAGGUGUGGCCCCAGAAGGAUUUCCCCCUGAUACCAGUUGGCAAAAUUGUCCUCGAUCGAAAUCCCACCAACUAUUUCACGGAGGUAGAGCAGCUGGCCUUCAGUCCAGCCCAUAUGGUUCCCGGCAUAGAACCAUCGCCGGACAAGAUGCUCCAGGGACGACUAUUCGCCUAUGGCGAUUCGCAGCGCCAUCGUUUGGGCGUCAACUACAUGCAGAUACCGGUUAAUUGUCCUUAUAGGGUUAAUGUGAGGAACUACCAGCGUGAUGGUCCUAUGACGGUGACUGACAAUCAGAACGGAGCCCCCAACUACUUCCCCAACUCUUUCUGUGGUCCCAAGGAAAGUUCUCGGGCUUUGGGCCUGCAAACCUGCUGUCCUUUGACCGGGGAUGUCUAUCGUUAUAUGAGCGGCGAUACUGAGGACAAUUUCAGUCAGGUCACCGACUUUUGGACCUAUACUCUGGAUAAUUGCGGCAGGAAGCGACUAAUCCGCAAUUUAUCCGAACAUCUAACCGAAGCCAGCCAGUUCCUUCAGGAAAGGGCUGUAAAACUGUUCACCAUGGUGCAUUCUGAUUUUGGUCGUCUAAUGACUGAGGCCCUGAACACAGCCAGAAUAUCAAAAUUUUAGAAUUUGUCAAGAUACUCUCCGGGAUGUGGCGAUGUUUUUGAAAAUUAUUGUGAUGUAAAUCAUUUUUAGGAUAACAGAUGUCUGUUUUACUAAAAAUGUGUCAUGGCCAACGUGAAAGAAUAGUAAAUUCUAA